AUGAAGUCUGCAGCUAUCGCUGUGCUCGCCCUCGGCGGCGCCGCGCUCGCUGCCCCUGCUCAUAUUUCUAAGAGAGGCGGCUCAGAAGUCGAAGAUGGCUCAGGUGAGGUGUGCGUUGGUGGCACGACCCUGGUGACGGUCACUGCUAGCCCAGGCUAUGGUGGUCACGGUGGCUGCCAGAGGAGCAAGCCUACCCCGUACGAGACUCCCAGCUACGAGACUCCUAGCUACAAGCAGCAGGGCAAGCCCACUCCGCUCGAGACUCCCAGCUACACGACUCCUAGCUACAAGACUCUUAGCUACAAGCAGCAGGGCAAGCCCACUCCCUACAAGCAGCAGGGCAAGCCCACUCCGUACGAGACUCCUAUCUACGAGACUCCUGUCUACGAUACUCCUAUCUACGAGACUCCUAUCUACGAGACUCCUAUCUACGAGACUCCUAUCUACGAGACUCCUAUCUACGAGACUCCCAAGUACGAGCAGCACGGCAAGCCUACCCCGUAUGAGACGUCCAGCUACGAAAAGCAGGGCCAGCCUAGCCCCUAUGGGAAGCAGGGCAAACCUACCUCGUACGAGAGCUCUUCCUACGAGGCCCAAGAGACUCCUUGCCAUCACUGCAAAUCUGAGAAAGGUGCCUACGAGGCGACCUUCUCCUCCUCCUCCUGCUCCUCUCCAUACGGUUAUCCCGAGCCCACCCCAUACAAAACCAAUACCGUCUGGUCCACCACCUCCGGAUACCAUGGGGCCAAAGGGACUCCCCACCCUUACCACCAGCAUGAGCACGGCGAGUACGAGGCCGAGACCUCCACCUCUAGCUACGAGCAUUACGGCAAGCCUACCCCAUAUCAGGCCUCGACUCCUACUUCUGCCUACGAGCAGCACGGAAAGCCUACCCCCCAUGUAAAAGUUGUGGGUGAGUUCACAUGGCUGAAAUGGUUCUUCCACGACCACCGCAAGAUCACCCCAACUCCCGCCUACGAGGAGCAUGGCGAGCCGACUCCUUACGACGUUGAGACCUCCUCUUCUACUGAGUGGUCAAAGCCUACCUCCCUCUACGGAUGGAACACCAAUACCCCAAACGUGGCCCUGACCUCUAGGAUUCCCGUUCACGGAGGAUGGAAGGGCUAUGGCAAGUCUACCCCAUUCGAGUCGUCUACCCCGACUCCUACCCUCACCUAUGAGGAUGCCAAGUCUACCCCUUACGAGGCCGAGACCCCAACCCCUACUCCCGCCUACGUAAAGCCCGUGACGCCUGAGGCCGAGACACCGACUCCUACCCCUACUCCCGUCCACGUAGAGCCUGUGACGCCUGAGACCGAGACGCCGACUCCUAUCGCUACUCCCGCCGACGUAGAGCCUGUGACCCCUGAAACCCACACUCCGACUCCUCCCCCUGCUCCCGCCUAUGUAGAGCCCGUCAAGCCCGAGGCCGAGGAGACUCCCGGUAUAUGCCCAGGCCCUGAGUGCAAGACGCAACAGAAGCGCGGCGAGGUUCCCAUCGAGCCUACUCCGGGCUACGAGAACGAGGAAACCCCUUGCCCUGAGUGCCUUGUCUCUGGCCACAACUUUGAAGCGGCCACAACCCCGACUCCCACUCCUACCUACGAGGAGCACGGCAAGCCGACCCCGUACGAGGCGGAGGAGACCCCCGCCUACGAGGCUCAGGAGACUCCCUGCACCAAGAGCGAGUUCGUGAACGGUGGCUACCAAGCCGAGACCCCAACUCCCGCCUUCGAGGAAGAGAAGCAGUACGGCAAGCCAACCCCUUAUGAAGUCGAGACCUCGACUCCCGCCUACGAACAGAAGCAGUACGGCAAGCCAACCCCCUACGAAGCUGAGGCCUUCAACCCCUGCCAUCACUGCCAGCAAAACGAGGGCUUCGAGACUCCCACCCCCUCGACCCGAAGCUACGGCUACCCAGAAGUAACGCCACCACCUGGCCAGUACGGCGACCCGUUCACCACCACUGCGUCCGGCACCUCCUCUGAGUCUGGCACCUCCUCUGAGUCCGGCACCUCCUCUGAGUCCGGCACCUCCUCUGAGUCCGGCACCUCCAACACCGCCUCGGAGAGCGCAACCUCGACCGCGUCUGCCACCUACGUGACCAUCACCCUCGAUCCCCGCGGCUACGGCAACUACGGCGACGACUGGUCUACUACCUCCUCUGAGUCCACCACCUCCAGCACCUCCUCAGAGAGCGUAACCUCCACCGAUCCCGCUACUAGUACCUCCACUGAUCCCGCUGAUGUUACCGACACCGAGACCGCCACUGCCACCACGACCGAGGACGUCACUGCCACCUCCACCGUGGCCACCGCUACUGUGACUGAGACCGAGGCCGCUCCAGCUGGAGCCUUCUGGCGCCGUGGCAGAAACUACGCCAGCUACUACAAGAGCUGGCCCACUCUUGAGUCCUCGACCUCGACAGCCACCUCGACCCAGUCUACCACAGCGACCUCCACCGAGUCCGCCACCUCCACCGUGACCGAGACUACGACAGCCGUGACUGACACCGCCACCGUCACGGACGCCACCGUAUCCGUCACGGCUACCGAGACCGACACCGAGACCGCCGCGGCCACCACUACAACCGUUGCCCUCUUUCCUCGUGGCUACGGUUGGGGCAAUUAUGGCGAGUGGGCCACCACCACUGAGUCCGCAACCUCGACCGAUCCCGCUACGUCCACAUCCACCGGGUCUACAACCUCCACCACGCAAUCCACCACCGCCAGCUCCACCGAGCUUGAGACUACCGUGACCGACACCGAGACCGUCACAGCGACCAGGACCAAGACUGUCACGGCGACCGAAACCGAGACCGAAGCGGCCGCCACCACGGCCACCACCACAGCAGCCUUCGUCCUCCAGCCUCGUGGCUACGAUGACGGCAACUAUGGCGACUGGAAAACCACCCCUGAGUACGCCACCGAGUCCGCCACACAGUCCACCACGCAGUCCACCACGGCCAGCUCCACCGAUCCUGAGACUACCGUGACCGAGGCCGAGACCGACACCAAGACCGUCACAGCUACCAGGACCGAGACUGUCACUGCUACCGAACCCGAAACCGCCGCCACCACGGCUACCACCACGGCCACCACUACAGCAGUCCUCCUCGGGCGCCGCCAGGCUACGGGAGGCACCACCGCGACGACCGAGAAGCCGUACACGUCGCAGAAAUACGUGUUCAAGGUCGUCGGGCCGGCGGGCGACCGCAAGACGGUGGUUGUGGCCGAGACGCAGUCGGACUGGUGGCCGCAGUACUGGGAGCCGACCGAGAUCUGGGGCACCAGCUACACGGCGCAGCCGACGACGACGACUAGCUUGCCUACGACGACAUCCGCCAAGACCACCGCAAAGACCACCGCGAAGGCCACCGCAAAGACCACCGCAAAGGCCACCGCCAAGGCCACCGCCAAGGCCACCGCAAAGACCACCGCCAAGGCCACCGCAAAGACCACCGCAAAGGCCACCGCAACCGCAAAGGCCACCGCAAAGACCACCGCCAAGGCCACCGCAAAGACCACCGCAAAGACCACCGCAAAGACCACCGCCAAGGCCACCUCCGCCUAGAUGGGUGAUGUGUGAUGGGGGAGAGAGGAGAGGUGAGGUGAGGUGAUUGAGUGGAUGAGUUGGAAAGGAGAUGUGAGUGUGAUGGAGUGGAAAGGAGAGAUAAUAAAAGGCGGAAGGGGGGUUGAGACGAAAAUUAAGAAGAUGAGACUUAAUAAAAAGGGGUACAUUGGUUAGAGGAGGUCGAUGGGGGCCUAAGGAUUUCUUUUGUACGUCUGCGACAGGUGCUCGAGUUGAGGGAUUAUGCUCCCGAGGCUUCGGCGCGCUGUCGCUGGCUCUUAAUGGUGCGAGGAGCCGUUUCUCUCUUGUAAUUUUAAAAAAUGGGAGC